AGUUCCUCGGUAAGAUGGCCCCAAAUUUCACCAUCCUCAUCAAGAACAGCAUCCACUACCCCAAGUUCCAGUUCUCCAAGGGCAACAUCGAGAACCGGAGGGAUGGCUACCUGAGGCACUGCACCUUCGAUGAGGUGUCCCACCUGUACUGCCCCAUUUUCCGCCUGGGCUUCAUUGUGGAGCGGGCAGGGGAGAACUUCACGGAGCUGGCGCACACGGGUGGCGUGAUUGGGGUCAUUAUCAACUGGGACUGUGACCUGGACCUGUCGGCAUCAAACUGCAACCCCAAGUACUCCUUCCGGAGACUCGACCCCAAGCACGUCCCAGCUUCAUCCGGCUACAACUUCAGGUUUGCAAAGUAUUACAAGAUAAACGGCACCACCACCCGCACACUCAUCAAGGCCUAUGGGAUCCGCAUUGAUGUCAUUGUGCACGGACAGGCAGGCAAGUUCAGCCUGAUUCCUACCAUCAUUAAUCUGGCCACAGCGCUGACCUCCAUCGGGGUGGGCUCCUUCCUGUGUGACUGGAUCUUGCUAACAUUCAUGAACAAAAACAAAGUCUACAGCCAUAAGAAAUUUGACAAGAUGGUGGACAUUCCCGAUCGGGGUGCAGGACCAGGGCCUUGUGCCUCCGAGCCUUCCCAGCAGGACUCCACGCUCACAGACCCCCGAGGUUUAGCCCAGCUCUGAGCCCACCUCCACCUCCCCUCACAUUGCGACAAAGGCUGGGUCUGGCCCUGAAGCAUGGCUGGGGCCAGUAUGAAGAACCCAGGCCCUGCCCCCACAACAUGCCUCCUCACAACUGGGAACCAAAGGAGCCCCAUCCAACUGGGCAGUGGGCCGACAGAAAGGGGGCAGCACCCUGCUCCCAGCUGUCCUCCACAGGCUC